AGUUUCACACCCUCCUUCAUUCAGGUUCACUCACUUCGAUACUGACUAUAAUCACCACACAUCCCUUCCCUCUCUCCCCGAGAACUCACACAGAAGACUGCAAUUGCUGCUCGUUUCUUGAUCUUUACAAGUUAAGGAAUUUUAAGGCAGUGAUCUGCAAGAAGCCAGAAGCGUUGUUCCAAUAACUUUAUUGUUUGGUAAUUUUACAAGAAAGUUUUAUGGUUGAUUAAAACAACUCCGUCAACGUAUGUGAUGCUGUUUCUUGCAAACAAAGAAACCUAGAUGAUGGCUACAACAGCGGUAGUUGGAUUAAGGGCGGGGGAAAGGCUAUUGGGUUCAUCCUCAUAUUACUCUGAUGUCAGUGAAAAACUGUCAUGCAGUAGUGAUCUUGGGUUCAUAUUUGUCCCAACUAAGAAUGUGAUUACUGCAAAGAAGUCAUCCAACUAUGGCCAUGGGUUCAUAUCCAACCGGCUUAAUCAAGACAGUCAUUACAUCAGAGCUCUAAAGGAACAUGUGGAUACUGCUUCUGACCCUUCCAGUAUUGACCAAUGGGUUCAAGGAUUUGAGCACUUGGAGGAGGAAGGCGAUCAAGACUUUUCAGUGGAAGCAUUACUCUUAUUACAGAAGUCAUUUUUGGAAAAGCAGUGGAACCUUUCAACCGAGAGGACAUUGACUACAGCUACCCCGACAGAAAAAAACACCAAAAAGAUGUAUGUCACCGGUUCUGGGAAAUCUGCUCGUAGGCGUAGAAUAGAUGCUCAGAGGAAAACGCCAAACAGAAGUUUUUCUCCUAUUCAAGAUGGUGGAAAGAAGCAGUUGAGAUCCAUAAUCAGCCCAGAGCUGCUCCAAAAUCGCACAAGAGGCUACUUUAAAGGUGUAAUAAGUGAUACGUUGCUCACUCAUGCAGAGGUGGUGGUUUUAUCAAAAAAAGUUAAAAUUGGUCAACACUUAGAAGAGCGGAAAUCGAGAUUGAAGAAAAGUUUAGGAUCUGAACCAUCAGAGGAGCAACUUGCAGCAUCCCUGAGGAUUUCGCGAGCUGAGUUGCAAAUCAAACAGAUUGAGUGCAACUUGGCAAGAGAGAAGCUGGCCAUGAGCAAUGUUCGUCUAGUAAUGUCAAUUGCACAAAGAUAUGCUAACAUGGGAGUUGAAAUAGGUGACCUUAUUCAGGGAGGUCUAAUUGGACUACUCCGUGGGAUAGAGAAAUAUGAUUCAUCAAGGGGUUUCAAGAUUUCUACCUAUGUCUAUUGGUGGAUACGGCAGGGUGUUUCAAAAGCGUUAAUUGAAAAUUCUAGGACCCUAAGAUUGCCUAUCCAUAUGCACGAAAGACUGGGUGCAAUACGAAAUGCCAAAGCAAAGCUCGAGGAGAAAGGAAUAAUCCCAUCAAUAGAAAAAAUUGCGGAAAGCCUAAACAUGUCCACAAAGAAAGUCUUGAAUGCCACAGAGGCAAAAUGCAAAGUGUUCUCACUUGAUAGGCCAGCAUUCCCUUCUCUAAAUGAUCGUCCAGGGGAUACCUUUCACAGUUACAUGGCAGAUGAGCAUCCGGGGAACAACCCUUGGCAUGGAGUAGAUCAUGGGGCGCUCAAGGAUGAGGUGAACAAGUUGAUGACCACGACUCUAAGGGAACGGGAGAGAGAGAUCAUCCGUUUGUACUAUGGUCUCGACAACGAAUUCCUUACUUGGGAAGAUAUUAGUCGAAGGAUGGGGUUGUCAAGAGAACGAGUUAGGCAGGUCGGACUUGUUGCACUCGAGAAACUAAAACAUGCUGCACGGAAGACAAAUCUUGAGGCUAUGCUGGUAGAACAUUGAUCUCUGGUUUGGCUUAUAUAUGGGAACUAGGCAAAUAUAUAGCCUGUAUAUAUGAUAUACAAAUCCACCCAUUACCCAUAGAUACAUAUGUAUACUUGUAUGUAUUUGUAAUUUGUAAAGCUUACUGUUUUACGAUAACACUUGUACAUCGUGCAAAAAACCUUAAAUAAUACCACCUGGAAAAUAAUUA